AUGAGCACUGUCGCUUCUCACCUUUCUCUUGCCACCAGUGAGGGUGACAUUGACGAAUCGUCGGGUGUAUUUGAGACGCUUGAGAGCGCGGCCCUUGGGGACCUUGGGCUUCUCCUGGGGCUCAACCUAUACGCAGCAGAAAUAUCGCAGUCAGUCAUCGCUGUUCGUGGGUUCCGAGGACGUACCGGCACGGGCAAGAGAUCCGUGAACUUUACCCAUGGUGAUGGAUUGUGUUUGGUGAUGCUGUGGAUGAGGGAGUCAGUCAGCGGAGAGAAGGCGCGAAGGAGUUUUUGCGGAAUUUGGCAAAUGGUUGUGUGCGAGAGGCGACGCUCACGUGAGUGGGGACGGCGAUUUGCCCUGCCGGAAAAACAUUGGUACGCUGGUGUGACUCUUCGCCAGUAG